AUGAGCGGAUAUCAUAAUGUUAAUAGUAUCAACGCUUUGGCACAGCAGCAAUCGCAGCAGAACCGGGUUAAGGUAGGCGUGAGAAAUUGGCAGAAUGCUACAGUUCAGGAUUUGAUGAAUUUUCUGAGCCGGAACACUCGUAUUGCAAUCACUGGUGCUACGGUGGAAGGCCCUUUGGUGACGGGGUUUGUUCAAUCGAGGGCCGAUGCGGAUGCGUUGAUGAAGUGGAACGGCAUCCGGUUUGCUGGGAAUAACCUGAAGUUUGAAAUACUAGACGAUGCGAAUGGAGCCACUUCGAAUACGAUUUUGUUGUUGAAGAAUUUUCUGUACAGGAGGUAUAACGCGCAGACCAAGAUGUUGGACCUGGGGAAUCUACACGCGGAUCCAGACCUGGUGCAAAAAGGUCUCUUUUCGUCGAUUUCCACUCAGUCGAAAAUGUUUCCGGCACUCAUGAAGCUGGCCUCCAAGGAGCCGCAGUUGGUGGUUGAGAGUGUGAAUUUGUCGGACAAUAACUUGAAAGACGUCUCUGGGGUUACCACUUUGGCGCAGACUUUUCCCCGUUUGAAGAACUUGUGUUUAGCAAAUAACCAAAUCUCGCGGUUCAGAACUUUGGAAGUGUGGAAGAACAAGUUCAAGGACUUGAGAGAGCUGCUGAUGACUAACAACCCGAUAACGAAUGAUAAACUUUACCGAUCCGAGAUGCUGAGGCUAUUCCCGAAGCUGGUGAUCUUGGACAACGUUGUAGUCAGAGAUGAGCAGAAAUUGAAUAGUAUAUAUUCUCUGCCGGUGAAACUGCAGCAGUUUUUCUUUGAGAGCAAUGAUUUGGGAUCUUCGUCGACUGAUUUUGUGACCAAUUUUUUGAACUGCUGGGACUCGGAUAGAACACAGCUUCUGCCACUGUACACACCGCAAUCGCAGUUUUCUAUCUCUGUGGAUUCCUCUAUGCCGCCUUCAUCUGUUCCAGAUUCCGAUCAAAACCCAUCCUUCGGCUACUACCUGUCGCUAUCCCGGAAUGUUUCCAAAGUUUCAAGCGAAAAGUCUAUACAACAGAGGUUGUCUGUGGGACCGGAACCUAUACUAAACAGUUUCAAAUCUUUACCAAAAACAAAGCACCAUUUACAAGAUAGACCUGACGAAUACUGCAUGGAGGUGCUGUCCUUCCCACAGAUCAGCGGUUUCAUAAUAACCUUGCAUGGAUUUUUUGAAGAAACUGAAAAACCAGAACUUGACGCACUCAGUAAACCCACCGGUACUACAAGGUCAAGGCGAUUUAACCAUGGUCACAACACAUCCAAUAAUAGACUUUCAAAGAAAUCGUUUGAUAGAACGUGGGUCAUCGUGCCAACCGGUGCAGGCGUUAUUGUAGCUUCAGAUCUGAUGACCAUUAGACCAUACACGAGCGCUGCUUGGGUCACUCCUCCACAUCAAAGUAUUCCAAACGCACCAAUUGCAUCAUCUACAUCGCUGACAGGUAGCGGUGGUUCUCCAGUACCACCGCCCGUAGCGGGUAGCACAGGCCCCAUUGGAGUUCCAGUUCUGCAGCCAAGUAAUCCAGCCAUGCCAUUAAACGGAACGCCGGUUCCUCAGCUCGCGCCCACUUUGCAGCUCCCACCUGACGUUCAAUCAAAUCUAAAUCCGAUCCAAUUGGAACUUUUAAAUAAACUGCAUCUUCAAACCAAACUAAAUGCGGAGUUUACAUAUAUGCUGGCAGAGCAGAGUGGUUGGACUUAUGACGUGGCAAUGGAAGGUUUUCAAAGAAGUGUGAAUAACUUGCCGAGAGAGGCUUUCAUCCAAUAA